AUGGCCUGCCGCUCGACCUCGCCCUCGUCCUCCUCGGCCGUCGAGAAGAUCCCGUCGACGUCGAUCCGCAUUCUGCGCAGCGUCGAGGCAGUGCGGCGGUGGCGGCGGCCGCACACGCUGGACCGGCGCACGGUGGGCUUCGUGCCGACCAUGGGUGCGCUACACGAGGGGCACGUGUCGCUGAUCCGGGCGGCGGCGCGCGAGAACCACCACGUCAUCGUCAGCGUCUACGUUAACCCGGCCCAGUUCGGCGUCGCCGAGGACCUUGGCUCGUACCCCGUGACGUGGGCCGCCGACAGUGCCGUGCUGGCCCGCCUCGACCGCGAGCUCGCCUCCGACGGCGCCGGCUUCCUCGCCGCCGGCGUCAGCGCCGUCUUCACCCCCUCCACCGCCGACAUGUACCCCGCCGGCUUCCCGGGCCAGGCCCCCGACAGCCCCGGCAGCUUUGUUACCCUCACCCCCAUCUCCAGCGUGCUCGAGGGCGCCUCGCGCCCCACCUUCUUCCGCGGCGUCGCCACCGUCUGCAUGAAGCUCUUCAACAUUGUCCAGCCCGACCGCGUCUACUUUGGCCAGAAGGACGUCCAGCAGACCGUCGUCAUCCGCGCCAUGGUCCGCGACUUCAUGCUGCCCACCGCCGUCGUCGUUGGCCCCACCGUCCGCGCCCCCGACGGCCUCGCCCUGAGCUCGCGCAACGUCUACCUGGGCGCCCGCCGCCGCGCAGUCGCCCCCGUGCUGCACGAUGCCCUGCGCGCCGCCGAGACGGCCUACUCGUCCGGCGCCGGGGCCCGCGACCGCGACGCCAUCCUUGGCGCCGCCCGCAGCCUUGCCGACGCCGUGCUGGCCGACCAGAUGGCCCUUGCCCCGGCCCAGCGCGUCCGCUUCGAGAUCGACUACCUGUCUCUGUCUGACCCGGAAACCAUGCAGGAACUCGCACAGGUCGACCCCGCCCGCGGCGCCAUCCUUAGUGGCGCUAUCCGCAUUCUCCCCGUCGAGGACCCCCAGCCCGAUGAGGACCGCGGCCACAGCGACGGGCCCCUCGUCCGCCUCAUCGAUAACAUCAUCAUCUCGCCCGCCGACACGGCUGCCGCGUAG